CUUCAGUGAUUCGCUGUGACUGUGUGCUGUUGUUUAAAAAAUAUUUCCUUCAAAAAGGUGGGAAAGUAAUGGAUAGUGAAGAAUUUAGGACAAAAGGAAAGGAAGUGAUAGAUUACAUCGCUGAUUAUCUGGAAAACAUCAGAGAACGCCGAGUGUUUCCAGACAAAAAACCUGGAUUCAUCAGGGAAUUAAUCCCCGAUUCUGCCCCGCUGAAAGGAGAAUCAUGGGACAACAUAUUUAAAGAUUUGGAAAAAGUUAUCAUGCCGGGAGUUACUCAUUGGCAAAGUCCUCAUAUGCACGCCUAUUUCCCUGCUCUGACCAGCUACCCUUCUAUGCUGGGCGAGAUGAUCAGCAACGCCAUCAAUUGUAUAGGAUUCACCUGGGCUUCCAGUCCGGCCUGUACAGAAUUGGAAAUGAUUGUGAUGAAUUGGCUUGGCAAGAUGAUAGGUCUACCUGAAGAGUUUCUUCAUAGGAAAAAUGGCGAUGGAGGUGGCGUUAUCCAAACUACUGCCAGUGAAUGUACACUAAUAAGUCUUUUGGCUGGAAGAUACGUAGCAAUAAAAAUGUAUGAAGAACUCUACCCCGAUGUUACUAAACAUGAAAUUAACGGCAAACUAGUUGCAUACUGUUCUGAUCAAGCUCACUCCAGCGUUGAAAAAGCAGCUUUAAUCGGCCUUGUGACACUAAGAUACAUUGAUUGUGAUGAAAAUUAUUCUAUGAGAGGAAGUAAAUUAUUGAAAGCUAUCAAGCAGGAUCGAGAACAGGGACUUAUACCUUUUUGGGUAUGCGCUACUUUGGGUACUACCGGUGCUUGCGCCUUUGAUAAUUUAGAGGAAAUCACGGAAGUUUGUUAUAACGAACUUUUGUGGUGCCACGUGGAUGCGGCUUACGCUGGAUCAGCCUUUACCUGUCCGGAAUACCGAAUUUGGCUGAAAGGGAUUGAUAAAGCGAACUCCAUCGCCUUUAAUCCUUCCAAAUGGCUCAUGGUUCAUUUUGAUUGCACUGCCAUGUGGGUUAAGAACAGCAGCGCUUUGCAUGGAGCUUUUAACGUCAAUCCUCUGUAUUUAACACAUGAAUAUUCAGGUCUGGCUAUUGAUUAUAUGCACUGGCAAAUUCCUCUCAGCAAACGAUUUCGUGCUCUAAAAUUAUGGUUUGUCAUCCGAAAUUAUGGCAUCACUGGCAUUCAAGAGCACAUAAGAAAAGGCGUGCACAUGGCUGAAAAGUUUGAAUUGUUUGUCCGGAACGAUCCCCGGUUUGAAAUUCCCGCCAAGCGCCAUUUAGGUUUGGUUGUGUUCCGAUUGGUGGGUGAUAAUUUCAUCACCGAAACGCUGUGUAAACGGCUAAAUUCUCGAGGUAACAUACACUGUGUACCGGCAAACUUAAAGGGAAAAUACGUCAUUAGAUUUACUGUAACUUCGCCGAGGACAACUCUUGAAGAUAUCAUUACUGACUGGAAGGAAAUAGUGGGGGUUGCCAAUAUUAUCCUGCAGGAGAGAGAUAAAUAUAUGAGAAAAACAAAGGUUCCUUUAGGAGAAACAAGGGACAAGAAUGAAAAUUUUGGAUCCAGUUUAUUGCUUUCUAACGUUCCAAUGUCACCAAAAAUAGUAAACGGAUCAUUUGCUGCAAUAUACGAUCAAGGAGAUGUUCUGGAACAGUUCUCAAAAACAAUAAAACUUAGAAAAGAUGCUCAAGACAGUCCUGCAAUGAGAAGAAGAAUUAAAGGUAUAUUAAUGUCAGGAAAGCAGUUUUCUUUGGAUUCAAGGCUAGAUUUGUUUCAUGGCAUUGAAACAUCACCUACCCUAAAGACACCACUGGAGAACUUACCAGUUUUGGAAGACUCUUCCGAGACAGAAGAUAAAAGCAACAGUACUUCAGAUAACGAUUCCAGUCCAAAUGCAACAAACAAGGACAAUCUUGCCAUACCAUCAAAGAGACAUUCUCGUUCAAAAUCUGUAGAUCAUCAAACUGACAUUUCAAUCAACAACUGCAUGCAAGUUAAAGACGUUUGUCAUAAGUGUGGGCAUGCGGUGGCAAAACUUCCAAAAAAGACAUCUUUCGAUAUUAAAAAGUAAUUGUUAUUUGAAUGAUUAAAUUAUAACAAUAAAGUCAAAAUAUAAUAUUGCUGGAGUUUAAGACAGUUGAGAAAGUUAAAUAAAUUAAUAUUCAAAAAUUGUUUGAUGCAAAAAUUUAAUGAAUAAUGCCUUAUUUAUGUUACCUUUUUUAUGAUAAUAUAGAUAUUAUAUUGCAAAAUACCUUUUGUAAUUCCUAGAUAAUGUUUUUAUAUUAUUAUCUUUUUAAUUACAUGUUUAUUAAAC